UCGUGGUCCGGUGGUCCUCUCUACUCCACAGUGUUUCCACGGAGCGCUGCACAAGUCCUAAAUUGAGUUGCUACCUUAGUGAAGUAGUCCAGCAUCCCUGACCAGAGAGCUCUAUUGCAGGCACCAUGCUCCUCAGAGUCUCUCUCCUGCUCCUCUCCGGAUCCAUUCUCCUCAACUGCAUCCCUGCACAGAGGAUUAGAGUGAGAAGACAGAACAUGAAGGUUCGCAUCAACGCUACGGGCGACACCAUCGUGAUGAAGUUUGUCCGUCCCAACCCUGACACCAAGCUGGAGGGCUACAUCCUGGGCUACGGCAGCAGCAUGUUCUCUAAACAGUUCAUCCAGCUGCCUGAGAAUGGAGAGCCCUACGAGACUGAGAUAGACGCUGAACCCAAGUAUCUUGUUGCUGUCCAGCCAAUCCCGAGCAACGACGUAAAGAAACAAUGCACAGGAAAGGUCAACCUGGAGAAGCCACUCCACCUGGUUAUUGGCUCCGUCACCCCAACCUCUGUGCUGCUGUCCUGGGGAACCUUCCUGAAGACGCCCUACGAAGCAGGCAACAUCAUGAACGACUGUUUGGAAGAGGGACACUACACUGUCCGCUACAGGGAGAGGAACAGGAAGUGGAUCUACCAGACCUGCCCCACCAGCGACACUGUGGUUGACAACCUGAAGCCCGACACCCCAUAUGAGUUUGGGGUCCGCUCCAACAAAGACGAACGCAGUGGAAUCUGGAGCAAGCCUGUCAUUCACAAAACCAACAUGGGCGCAGGGUUGGACAAAAGCGUCCAGAAACCCUACAAGCACCGGACCCCUAUUGUGAAGCCAAUGAAACCACCCAUGUCCCGUGCACUUUUCCCACCUCGUCCAGCUAUUCACAAUAAGACUCAGCCUAGACUCCCUCUGACCAAAAACCAAGGUUUCCCAGGAGCUCCCAAGACAUCUUUUGCACCACCAGAGAGACACCUGGAAGCUAAACCUGACCCCCGCUCCAAUGAGCCUCAAUGGCCACAGUUCCCACUGGACGGAGGAAACAGUAUUAGAAAUGCUUCCUCUCAUCUCGUGGACCUCCCUCCUGCCCCCCCCCAACUCCUGCCCACCAAAACUCCCAGUACCUCCUCUGCCACCCCUGUCCUUAACAACCCCUCUCCACCCGGGGAAAAGCAACAGGGAAAGACCCAACCCAGGGGACCUACUAGCGCCACAGUGAAGACACAUAACCCUUCCUCUGCUCUCAGCGAAUCACAGAAAGGAGCAGCACUGCUAACCCCCACCCUGGGCAGUGAGAAAGCCAAUAAUAACAACUUGGGUCAAGGCAACCAGAGAAAUUUGAAACCCCAUGGCCCGGCCAUCACACUGAUAGGCAGGACCAUGAAGUCUCCUGCUGCCACAAACCCUCUCUUUCCCUUCACUGAUGGCUCAAGACAAGAUACCCCAUCCUCCUCCUCCUCUUCUUCCUCAUCCUCCUCCUCAUCCCUUCUUCACAGGUCUAAUAACUCAUCAAAGACCUCCGGAACACCAAGGGGUCAAGGCAACCAGAGAAAUUUGAAACCCCAUGGCCCGGCCAUCACACUGAUAGGCAGGACCAUGAAGUCUCCUGCUGCCACAAACCCUCUCUUUCCCUUCACUGAUGGCUCAAGACAAGAUUCCCCUUCCUCUUCCUCAUCCCUUCUUCGUAGGGCUAAUAACUCAUCACAGACCUCCAGGACACCAGGGGCCAAUGGUAAGCAUCACAAAGGAACCGGCCUCCCCAAACCAGUCGUUUGGAACAGACUGAGAAUGGCAAACACAAACAACUCGCUGUUGGAGGACAUAAACCCUGAUGUUUUGGGCCGUUCAGGCUUCUCUUCCAUUGAGGACCAGUUCUAUGGAUCUCGUCCGUCCAUUCCUGUCAACAAAAAGACCAACCUGGUUGGCAAACCUGGUGAUAUGAACAAGCUGAAUGUCUUGAAGCAAACAGACAAGGCCUCCAUUUUGAAGAAGUUUCCAUCAGUGACGACUAAACCUGCCAAGCAAGACCGCAGACACACAACAACGACUGCACCAUCAGCCAAUGACAUCUGGUUUGAAACCUGGGAGAACUCCUCAUUAUUCAGCUCCCUACCAGCCUCUGACGUGGACGCAUUGGGAAAGAAACGUUUCGUUGCACCCCAUGUAGUCUACAAGACGGACAAGAAACCAGACGAGCCUUGUUCCAUCACCACCUCUCUCAGCUACUUCCCAGAGGAGGAGGGCGGGGAGACAAACGUGACAGCCCCGCCCAAGUCUCCGCCCUACAACCUCACCGUGGUAACGGUGGAGGGAUGCCCCUCCUUCAUCAUUCUAGACUGGGAAAAGACAGACAACGACACCACAGAAUAUGAGGUCAUCUCCACAACAAAGGGACCAGAUGGUACUCAGGUCUCCAUCCUGACCACCAACCAGACUCACACUGCAGUGGAGAACCUCAACCCCGAGAGCAGCUACGAGUUCAAGGUGAAACCCAAGAACGAGCUUGGAGAGGGGCCACCCAGUGAGCCUGUGUCCUUCAACACUGAAUCAGCGGACCCACGUGUGAGUGAGAAUGUCUCAGGAAAAGAUGCCAUCUGGACCCAGUUCCCCUUCAAGACAGACUCAUACUCAGAGUGCAAUGGCAAGCAGUACGUAAAAAGGACCUGGUACCGCAAGUUUGUGGGCAUCCAGCUCUGCAACUCCCUCCGAUACAAGAUAUAUCUGAGUGAUUCUCUCAACGGUAAAUUUUACAACAUUGGGGACCAGACUGGCCAUGGUGAGGACCACUGUCAGUUUGUAGACUCGUUCCUGGAUGGAAGGACAGGAAACCAAGUCAGGGCUGACCAGCUGCCAGCAAGAGAAGGGUAUUACAGGGCUAUGAGACAAGAGCCGGUCAACUUUGGUCAGAUAGGAGGGAACUCUCACGUCACCUACGUGUCAUGGUAUGAGUGUGGAACGGCCAUUCCUGGCAAAUGGUAGGACCCCCCCAAAGCUGUCUGUGGAGAAGCCCGAAGGAUAUACAGUACAUAUCAAACCGUCUGGGAAGGUGGCAGGGGGGGUCCUUCUACACAUCCAAUCAGUCUCUGGAUGCUACAUAUCCCCAUCCAGCCGCCUCCGAACCCCGGCCAUGUAAAAACGUGUACAGGAUCUCCAUGUCAGGUUAAUAUAAUGUCCAUAUGUAAUAGCCUUAUCUUAUUUAUCAAACAUGACAAAAAGGCAAAGGGAUAAAAAGAACAUAGUAUGAGAUAGAUGGAGAAACUUCUAACUAACAGUGUGAGGUAACAAACAGACAGUAGGUAUCUUUUUUUGUUUUAAUAAUGGGAAGCUGGCUCCCUGAAACUUAUUUUGAUAACGUGUAUAAUAUUAUUUAUCAAAGUGUUUGAUGCCAUGUUCCGAGUUCUAGGAAAUGGGUUAUAAUGCAACGCUUUUGCUGUACAGUACGAGUUGUAGAGUUUCAGACAACCUGCCGGAAUUUCAUGGUUUCAUUCAGUGACCGAUUCAUGGUGCAAGAAUUGUCCCAUAAUUUGGUCAGUCUUAGGGGCUCUAUUCAAUCCGUAUCGCUGAAGCUCAGCAUUGCGGCACGAUUGAAAUUUAAAGGCAAUAUUCCCGAGUUAGCGGAGACUGCAUUCAUGGUAAACGGCUCAAUGGGAAAUGACCUCUACAUGUCCAUCACGCAAUCUGUAACGCUUCAGCGAAACAAAUUGAAUCCAGCCCUACUUCAAUAUACACCUUCAGAGAAGAUAAUGCUGUAAAUAUUAACAUGAUGUCCACUCUCACACAUAUCCACUAACCAGUGGAGGCUGCUGAGGGGAGGACGGCUCAUAAUAAUGGCUGGAACGGAGUGAAUGGAAUGGCAUUAAACAUAUGGAAACCAUGUAUUUGCUGUAUUUGAAAACAUUCCACUAAUUCCCCUCCAGUCAUUGCCACGAGCCCGUCCUCCCCAAUUAAAGUGCCACCAACCUCCUGUGCCAGUAGUUCAUUGUAUGAAUGUUGACCGAGCAAUGGCACAUGGCGAACCUGCAUCUUCCCCUCGCAGUCACCUAAAACCAAAAAGGAAAAUAAGCACACACGCAGAGGACGUCUCGCACCAAACCAAUAUUUCUCCUUCAUUAGCCCUGAUAUAUGGGGUGGCUGUGCAUGGGAGCUCUUUACACUUGCAUUUUGCACAGCAUAAAUGUAUUUAUAUGUAUAUGGAGAGAAAGUAUUUUUUUCAACUAACUUUUUCAAAAGACACGUCCCUUAAAGCGAACGCUCAUACUUCACAGUGUUCCACUGGCAACAUUUUACAUCCUCUGAUACAACACGUUGUAUAUAUAUCAUGUUGGAAAAUAAGAGGGAUAUCUUAUCUUCUUAGUAGCCUUGAUAAAUGGUACAGAGAGGAGUCCUGUUGAAUGAUUUCUUAGUUUUGUACAAAAAUACACUUUUGGCUCAAUGCGCUUGCAGAUCAGUGUUUUCAUACUUAUUUUUUAUGGAAAAUGUUUGUCAUAUGGAACUGUACUCUUGUUUUUUUAAACAUACUUUCAUUUCUGUAUCUAUUUUCAAUAAUAAAAACAGAAGUUCUGUUACUUUUUUAUUUAAAAAAAUAUGUCCUUGCCAUUUUUCACUUUGGGUAACUAGAGUGAUAGUGUUUUCCAGUUGAAGGAGCGUACAGGUGGAACUUGAAAAAUAAACUACCUUCCUUAA